UCAUAAACCUUUUCAGGUUCAGGUAAUGAGAAUACUUGAAAGAAUAAUGAUGAUAAUUUUUUUCCUGUCUUUUAGAUGAUCUUCCACUAAAGGAAAGAAAAAUGCCUUUACAAGAAGAAGAGUUCGAUCAGUGGUUGGAUUCAUUUGUGCAGACAUUUAAAGAGCUGAAAGAUGAGCAGAAAACUAGAACAUUAAAAGCUGUAUUGGAGUUGUGUAGCUGUGAACAGCUAACAUAUCUCACACAAGUUUUCAUUCCAGGCAGUUGUCAAAUUGAUUUUCUUUCUCACCUACCUAAUGAUGUUGUCAUUAAGAUUUUAAAAUAUCUGGAUGGGAAAAGCCUGAAGAAAUGUAGAAAAGUUUGCAAAUCCUGGAAUAAAACUAUAAACUCUAGCAAGGAAGUCUGGCUUCAUCAGUUCUGGAAGCUCGGAGGUCAGGUGCUAGCUCCAUCCUCCAUCACAGGGAAGGAGGCUCGGAAACUUUACUGGCACCAGUAUCAAUACAAGGAGAAGUUCAACGAAGAUCUGGACAAGGCACAGUUUGUUUUCGGGCCCUAUGAUGAUGAGGAUAAUGAUGAAUAUUACAAGCUCAAAAGUACAUACUUCUAUAAGCCAUAUCUGGCGGCUGGGAGUGAAGACAGAAGUGUAUAUUUCUGGGAUACAACAACUGGGAUAGCCUAUCUAGUCAAAGUGAUCGAGGCCCACAGUAUAUGUCAGAUCAAGUUUGACAAGGAAUUCCUCUACACGGCGUCAUAUGACAACACUGCUGCCUGCUGGAACUUGGAGAGUGGUCAGCAACACAGUAGAUUUGUCGGUCAUGUCAAUGCAGUCAUGUGCAUCGAACCGAUAAGGAGUCUUAAAAUAGUGCUCACAGGGUCAGCUGACUCUACUAUCAAAAUCUGGGACCAUGAUUCAGGGGAACUUUUACAGACUCUGGUCAAAUUUCAUUCUGGAUGGAUUAAGCAGGUACGAGCAUUAAAUUCACCAUUGCCUGACCAUUUAGUGAUAUUAUCAUGUGACACAAAGGGACAGAUAUGUGUGUGGAGUAAAUUUUUCGACCAAGACAGAACGCUCUCUCAUGAACAUCGUAUGUUGUUGAAUGUGCCCUUUUGCUUAUCGUCCCCCAUUGUAACAAACAAUGGACUAGUGUGCAUACCAGCUGAUAUAUCCCAAGUAGAUGUUAACAACAGUACAGUGAACAUCAUACAGAGUGGUAGAGGGGUGCUGUCUUUCUUCUCUGUGACAGCUGAGAGGAGAAAUGGAAAUGAGACUCUGGUUUGUUCGUGUGUUCAGAAGGUCCCCCUCCCCUCCAGUUUGUCCGAGAGUCGGACCCUGAUUGGUGCUGGGCGUAGAUUUGCCGUUUUUCACGUGACAGAAGAUUAUAUUUCAGAGGAGGGUGAUCUCUAUCCUUCAUCUCUCUGUAUUGUGGACUUAGAACUAAAAGAAAUAUACCAAACUUCUCCAGUGUUUCAUGAAAGUCCCUUUGGUGAGCCCCCUAUUUUAGGAGAGACUGACUGGUUGGAUGGAUUUAAUGAGAGGAAUCAUCCCUGGCAGCUUCUGAUCACACAGAUGGGAGAUUGUCACCUCAGUCUAACAACAGGCACCAAAUAAGGACACCACAAAAACACCACAAUACCAAGUGACUGAAAAAUGAUGGCAUAUAAGGAAAACACAAAUAAGGACACCACAAAUAAGAACACCACAAUGCUAUGAAGUGACUGAAAAGUGAUGGCAUAAAUAAGGAAACCACAAAUAAGGACACCGCAAAUAACACCACAAUAUCAAGUGACUGCAUAUGAAAAUUGAUGGCAUAUAAGGAAACCGCAAAUAAGGACACCACAAUACAAAAUAAUAGGGAAGCGGUAGCAAAAAAGGACAACACAAUAACAAGUGAUUGAGAAGUGGUAUCAAAUAAGGACACCACAAUUCCAAGUAAAAUGGAAGUAAUAGCAAAGAACAUAGUAAUAGUAAACACCAAGUGAAAUGGUUUUCACUUUUUUUUCAGCUAUUCUAAUAUAAUUAAGACAUGGUUGCAACUUGUGGUUUUGUAUUUGUUUUGAAGUGAGGAAAGGGGCAGUAAAUUUGGUGAGUUGUUUUAAUAAGGGAAGUUCAAUUCAUGAAAUAUGCUUGAAUCUUAAGUUGAUAUUUAGCAUUUGAUUAUAAACAAUGUUUGAUAUCGAGAGUUACUUGAGUGUUGCAAGGUACAUGUACACAUGGCUACAUAAAGGAUGAUUGAAAAUGCCCUUCCUCUAUGGUUAAACCCUAUGUUAUUCAUAGACAUAAGCCAGUUUGUCAUCGGGUUAAUUAACUGUCCACUUGUACUCUGUACAUCAUAUAUAGGAUACAGUUAUCAAAACUGUUUAUUGUAAUGGUACUU